UGAAGUGUUGAUGAAGUCUGGAAAUGUUUAUGUUGGAACAGAAGGUGGAGAGGUGGAGAUCAGAUGUCCAUAUCCAGAUAAACACAUUUAUAAACCCAAGUACUUCUGUCGUGAACCCUGUAGAAAUGUUUUGAUUAAAGCUGAAAAAACUGAUCAGGUCUUCACAACUGGAAGAUACUCUUUGUAUGAUUGGGUGAAUGGACGGUUCUUUACUGUAACCAUCAGAAAGCUCAAACUCACAGACUCUGGUGUUUAUUACUGUGGACUUGAUCAAUGGUUUUCUGACACACUGAAGAAAGUUCAUCUGUCUGUCAGUCCAGCUCCUGUGAACAGACCUUCACACACCACUGAAAACACACUUAUAACAUCUAACGCUCAUACAACAACACUCACAUCUGCAGAGUCCAUCCAGGACCUAAGAGAUAAUUCUCACACAUACAAACUGUUAUCAACAACAGUCCAGUCGUCAGAUUUCACUCCUCUAAUUAAUAGCUCUGCUGUUGUGGCUGUGAUUUGUGCUGGUGUUUUGUCUUUACUGGGUUGCUGGAUUCUUGUGGCUUUAGUGAUUCUCAACAACAGAAGAUUGAAUUCAACGUCCAAAUUAUUUGUUUGCAAAGUAGCAGAUAUUUGCUUUCAAGGAGAGGAAUUUUAUUUUGACACUCGAUCCGGAGAAUCUACCACAGUGAACGGCGCGCUCCCUCAGAUGGCCAGAGGAGCUGCAAAGGAGCAGAUGUGA